AUGCGGCGCGACGAUGCAGGCGGCGGCGGGUUCCACGAGCUGUUCGACUCCGUGCGCCGCUCCAUCUCCUUCCGCGCGGGCGCCGCUGCCGUCGACGAGCCGUCCCCCUCUCUCUCCUCCUCCUCUGCCGCCGCCGCGAGCGGUGCUGGGGGCUUCAGGGAGCGGAUCGGCAACCGCCUCCGCAGGUCGCGGGGGAUGGGGCUGCUCGGCAUGGCGGCCAAGGGCCCCUCGCCCACGCGCCGCCUCCUGCCGCCACCGUCGCCGUCGCCGCCCCCGCUCGUGGCCGCGGCCUCGGCCUCGGCCUCCGACGGAUGUGGCAGGGUAGGGGGAGAAGGAAGCGGCGGAGGAGAGGAGAACCCGCCGAUCCGGUGGCGGAAGGGCGACCUCAUCGGGAGUGGCGCGUUCGGGCAGGUGUACCUCGGCAUGGACCUCGACUCCGGCGAGCUCCUCGCUGUCAAGCAGGUUCUGAUUGGAAGCAGCAACGCGACGAGGGAGAAGGCCCAGGCACAUGUAAGGGAGCUCGAGGACGAAGUGAAGAUGCUUAAGAACCUCUCCCACCCUAAUAUUGUUAGGUAUAUUGGGACGGCGCGGGAGGAAAACACACUAAAUAUUCUGCUGGAAUUUGUUCCUGGAGGCUCGAUCCAGUCACUACUUGGGAGACUUGGAUCAUUCCCGGAGGCUGUCAUCAGGAAAUAUACUAAACAGCUUUUGCAUGGACUGGAAUAUUUGCAUCGCAAUGGAAUCAUUCACAGGGAUAUAAAGGGCGCAAAUAUACUUGUUGAUAACAAAGGUUGCAUUAAGUUAGCAGAUUUUGGAGCAUCUAAGCAAGUAGAAAAGUUGGCAACUGCAACUGCUGCCAAGACGAUGAAAGGUACCCCAUAUUGGAUGGCACCAGAAGUCAUUGUUGGAAGCGGUCACAAUUGUUCUGCUGAUAUCUGGAGUGUUGGGUGCACGGUAAUUGAAAUGGCAACAGGCAAACCCCCGUGGAGCCACGAAUAUCAAGAGGUUUCUCUUCUUUAUUAUGUUGGGACGACAAAAUCACACCCACCUAUACCAGAACAUCUCUCUACAGAAGCCAAGGAUUUUCUGUUAAAAUGCUUACAAAAGGAACCAGAAAUGAGAUCUGUUGCAUCAGACUUGUUGCAGCACCCAUUCGUUACAGGAGUAUUGGAAGAUUUUUGUCAGCUUAAUCAUGCUGUACCCAAGGAAACCUCCAAAAACGAGAUUCCUUCCUAUGUAGUGCCUACUGUUGACUCGGACUUGAGUCGCCCCAGCAAGCUACGCAAUCUGAGUUCUUACAAGUCAUCAGACACCAGACCAUUGUGGGAUCUGCAAUGCAAUGAUGAUGACAUUUGUGAGUUCGCUGACAAAGAUGAUGUCCCAAUGGUUGGAUCUAGCUUCAAUCCUAUGUCUGAACCAUCUGAUGAAUGGGAAAGCAAACUUGACAUAAGCCCAGAGCAACAAUUUAUUGAGUCAAGGGAGUUUGGUGGAUUAGCCAAACUUGCAGAAAGUCAGAUGUCUGAAAAUGACUUUACUUUCCCUUGCGAGGGAAGCUGUGAAGAGGAUGAUGAAUUUACAGAAUCAAAAAUAAAGGAAUUUCUGGAGGAAAAGACCACAGAUCUAAAGAAAUUACAGACACCUUUAUAUGAGUUCUACAACACAGUGAACGCUGGAGUUUCUCAAGGAGUUAGUGAUGUUUGCCGAGCAAGCAACAUAACUAAUCCCCGGUUACCCCCUCGAGCAAUUAAGAUGGUGGGAGGUGCAGCUUUAGAGCCAAUUUGUGUUAAUCUGAAAAAUGCCAGUCCCAAGAGUUGCACAAGGCGCUUCUCAAGAAGCAGUGUGGAGAGCAGUCGUGUCUUGAGAGAAAUAGCUUCACCUGAACUUAACAAACUUGAGGGCAAGGUCCAUGAUGAUACUGACGACAAUCCAAGCUUCAGCUUUUCGGAAAUACAAAGGAAGUGGAAGGAAGAGUUAGACCAGGAACUUAAAAGAGAGCGAGAGAUGAGGUCCGGUGGCUAUGGUAAAGCAGCAUCACCGUCUCCAAAGAGCCGAAGAUUGACUGGAAAACGAGAUCGUAGCCCUGUCUACUGA